AUGCCUGGAGACCCCACACUUGGAGAUCAGGGAGUGCAGGCAAGGUUGUGGGAGGGGAACUUGGAGGCCAACACUUUCACUCAGUACUUGAAGAUGCCAUCUCUUCUACACGUAACUGUUCACUUCUUCUUGCUAACUUGGUGGCUAACACAGCAGGUGACCAGCCAAAUGUUGCCAACCAAGCUGGACAUGGCUUCCCAGAUCUUCGACGACCAGUAUUUGGGCUGUGUCCAAGAAAUGGAGAAAGAGGCACCCCAGCUGAUAAAGAGAGAAAUGAACAUAAAUAAAAAUUUUAAAAUGGAGUGGGAAAAGGCAGAGAAACGGUGGAAGAAGAUAAAGAACAAAAUAAGCUAUUCCAAAAAAUUAAACGACUUCCAUGGAGCCGCUCUGGUGGCCUAUACUGGGAAGAUUGCAACAGAUUUUAACAAAGCUGUCAGAGAGUUUAAAAAUUCAAAGCACUUUCAGUUCUAUGCCUUCCAUUACUAUUUGACAAGAGCUCUUCAACUUCUCUCUACAGGGAAGUGUUACACAGUUUACAGAGGCUCGCAGAACAGAUUUGAUUACAGUGGGAAGGGAAAUGUACGAUUUGGGCAAUUUACUUCUACCUCUUUGGAUAAAAAGAUAGCUACUUCUCAAAACUUCCUGAGUGGAAGUGGGACGCUGUUUGUCAUCAAUACCUGCCUGGGUAUUUAUAUUAAAGAUUUCUCUAAUUAUCCUAAUGAAGAAGAAGUGCUGAUUCCGGGGUAUGAGGUAUACCAGAAAGUCACUGUAAGACAACCAGCAGGUAAAAAAUACAAUGUAAUUUGGCUGGAAAAGCCACAAAGAAUGGAGAGUUACUUCAAUUGCUACUACAGAUCUGCUAAAAAGCCCAGAAUACAAGAUUCUGUCAAUUCCUAUAGCUCAGGUGAGUUGAAGCUGGGACUAGUGAGGCCAUCACAAAGUGAGAGGAGUGGUCUCCUCCCAGAAGUCCCCAGAGCAGAGAGUAAUGAUACCUCCAAUCAACUGCUAAAUAGUAUUGAGUUCCUACAGGACAAGGCUGAUAUCCGGGAAGAGAGAUCAGAGCCCUGGCUCAGUGAUACAGGCAAGUAUAAACAAGCUUGUAUAAGCAAGCUCCAACUUCCCUGCUGUGCAGAAAGUUCAGAAAGAGUUAGACACCCAGUAAAAUAA